GGCUGGGGGACCAGCUCAAGGCACCAGGAGCAGGAGGGGUUUUCCUCCGUCCCCAGAUUCCACUGUGGCUUGUCCCCUUCGUCCUGUGCCGAUUCCCAACCAUAGUUCCGGGGAGGGUGACGACGCAGUCCCCCUUCAGCCCCUCCAAUAUUGGCCCUUUUCCACAGCAGACCUCUACAAUUGGAAAACCAACCACCCACCUUUCUCUGAAGACCCCCAGCGUCUGACUGGGCUGGUCGAGUCUCUAAUGUUUUCCCACCAGCCCACUUGGGACGACUGUCAGCAGUUGCUCCAGACCCUUUUCACCACAGAGGAACGGGAACGAAUCAUCUUGGAAGCACGGAAGAAUGUUCCCGGACCUGAUGGACGCCCUACUCAGCUCCCUCCCGUCGUCCCCGCGGCCUCCGGCGGUGGGGGCGCGCCCUCCUCCCAGCUCCCCGGCCCGCCCCCGGGGUCCCCGUGGCCCGCUGCGUAGCGCGUCCUGAGCCUGGUGCGGGGCCUGGUCGGCGCGGUUAGCCGUGUCUCCGCCGUCUCCCCCCGCCGUCCCCGGGGUCACGGUGCAGUCGAGCGGCGGCGGUUCUCUCGCUGCCGCCGGACCCCGGUCGGCGCCUCGCCAGUCUGUGCUCCCCCCCUUGAUGGAUGCCGCUUUUCCUAUGACUCGGCCUGGCUGGGACUUCAAUACGGCAGAAGGUAGGGAGCGACUGACCGUCUAUCGCCAGACUCUAGUGGCAGGCCUCAGAGGGGCGGCACGACGCCCCACCAAUUUGGCUAAGGUAAGAGAAGUCCUUCAAGGACCAACUGAGCCCCCGUCCGUCUUCCUUGAAAGACUGAUGGAGGCAUUCAGACGGUAUACCCCCUUCGAUCCAACCUCUGAAGGACAAAGGGCCUCGGUAGCCAUGGCCUUCAUAGGCCAGUCGGCCCUAGACAUUAAAAGGGAAGCUUCAGAGGUUGGAGGGGUUGCAGGAUUUUACUCUACUAGAGUUAGUUAAAGAAGCAGAGAAAGUAUAUCAUAAAAGGGAAACAGAAGAGGAGAAGGAGCAGAGGAGGGAAAGAGAGAGAGAAGCAAGGAAAGAUAAGAGGGAAAAGAGACAGGAAAAAAGAUUAACACGUAUCUUGGCCGCAGCUGUAGGUGAUAAUAGGCCAGCGCCAGUGCAUAAGAAUAAAAAGCCGGGGAACUCGAGUGCCAGGCCGCCGUUGAGACCAACUCAAUGUGCUUUUUGCAAGGAAGAUGGACAUUGGAAAAAAGACUGUCCUAAGCUACAGAAUAAAGUACAGAACAGAGUACUGGCCCUCCAAGAGGACAGUGAGUGAGAUAGUCGGGACUCGGCCCCCCUCCCCGAGCCCAAGAAAAAGGGGGUCAGAGGUGGCUCACAGAGGCCCGCAAAAACACGGUCACUCAGAUUCCGAGGCCCCGCUCCCCCCCGAGAAUGAGAAGAAGGGGGUUGCUCGGGGAGUAUUGACUCAGACCCUGGGGCCUUGAAAAAGACCAGUAGCUUACCUGUCCAAGAAAUUAGACCCAGUGGCUAGGGGAUGGCCACCUUGUUUAAGGGCCAUAGCAGCCACUGCCCUGUUUGUAAAAGAUGCAGACAAACUUACUCUGGGGCAAAAGCUAACAGUUAUAGCCUCCCAUGCGCUAGAAAGCAUCAUCCGGCAACCCCCCGACCGGUGGAUGUCCAACGCCGGGAUGACCCACUAUCAAAGCUUGUUGCUGGACAGUGAACGGGUUUCUUUUGGAGCCCCGGUGGCUCUCAACCCGGCCACACUGUUGCCGGAGGAGCAUCCGGAAAACAGAGAAGUCCUUCAUUCCUGUCAUGACAUUCUGGCAGAAGAGACAGGGCCACGUAAGGGCCUCUGGGAUGAGCCGCUACCCAACCCACACUGCACCUGGUUUACCGAUGGGAGCAGCUGCAUCCAUGAAGGUAAAAGGGUCAACAUUUACACAGACAGCCGUUAUGCUUUUGCAACAGCCCACAUCCAUGGAGCCAUAUACCGCCAGAGAGGCUUGCUCACCUCCGCGGGAAAAGAAAUAAAAAACAAGCAGGAGAUUUUACAUCUCCUUGAGGCUAUUCACGUCCCCCAGGAGGUGGCCAUUAUUCAUUGCUCUGGGCACCAGAAGGGAACUUCCAAGGUGGCCCAGGGGAAUAAAAAAGCUGACUUUGAAGCAAAACAAGCGGCUCUAAGGUCAGGAACUCUGAUUCUUGCCGCCAGUCCCCCGGUGGCCUCACCGACAUUCCCCCACUACUCCUCAGAAGAGGAGGAGAGCCUAACAAAAAAACCUGCCAAGUUCUCUAAAGAUCAGCAGGGGGUCUAGAAGACUAGAGAGGGAAAAAUUGUCCUGCCCAAUGAAGCCGCCCAGGCAUACUUAAAGCAAUUGCAUCAUCUUACUCAUUUAGGAGCAAAGCAUCUACGCUCCAAUUGCCAGUCUACAAAAUACCACAUCCGGGGACUCAGUCGCUUAACUGAGGAAGUAGUUCACCAAUGCAAAGCUUGUCAACUAGUAAACUCUCACCCAUCCCAGGCUAGCCCCCGGCGGCGCCUAAGGGGAGAGCGUCCUGGGGACAAUUGGGAGAUAGAUUUCACAGAAGUAAAACCAACCCGGUAUGGAUACAAAUAUCUUCUAGUUUUUAUAGACACCUUUUCAGGAUGGGUAGAGGCUUUCCCCACAAAGAAGGAGACAGCAACAGGUGGCCAAACGAGUCCUGGAAGACAUCUUCCCCAGGUUCAGAAUCCCUAAGGUAAUUGGAUCUGAUAACGGCCCAGCCUUCAUUGCACAGGUAAGUCAGGGAAUGGCCAAGAUACUAGGGGUGGAUUAAAAAUUGCAUUGUGCCUACAGGCCCAAAAGCUCAGGUCAGGUAGAAAGAAUGAAUAGAACACUAAAAGAGGUCAUGACUAAAUCAUCCUUAGAGACUGGCGUGGCAGACUGGACAGUCCUCCUCCCCUUCGCCCUCUUCCGCGUUCGCAAUACGCCUGGCCCUCUAGGAAUAACACCGUUUAAAGUUUUGUUUGGGGCCCCACCACCUCCUCUCAUGUCUAAUCCAUGGUCCAUGCCACCUGACACUGAUGCUAAUGUUCCCCAUUCCCUACUCGCCAGGUUAAAAACCCUUGAAAUUGUUCACAGGGAGAAACAGGACAGCCAUUGAAUUCUUUGACCUUGUUUUUACUUAUGGUAACCUUGCUAUCGACGCCUACCCAGGCAGCUACCUAUUGGACUUAUAUACCAGACCCCCCUCUACUCCACCCGGUGGGCUGGGGGGAGCGUCAAGUUCCUGUCUAUGUCAGUGAUCCCAGGGCUCUGGGAGCACCCGCUAAUGAUCACAUCCAGCAUGCUAAGUUUAGACAGGCGAUUUUCUGGCUCUGCACCCUCUGAUUUGCCGCCGCCGCCCAAAAUACUUCCCUGUGAAAAGGAGCCGGUUGUUUCUACUCUGCACGUGCCCUGGAGACGUUGCCGUGAACCGACUGCGACUAAGAUUCCUAUUCUUGGGACGACUCAGAGCAUAUAUGAUUGGACCCCAGCGAAAACUGACAAUGGGUAUUUGGGAGACAAGGGUUUUGUUGAGGGGCUAUGGACAACUACUUCAAAGGUAUACCAGACUAGUAUCUGGAAACUUGUUGCAGGAACGGGUCAAUUCUCUGCAGAGAGUGUGGUGGACUCUACACCAAAAA